AAAAAGGAGUGUUGCUUCUUCAACAAUAAAAAAUCGAUAAUUGAUCCCUUUCAUUCGGCCUUGCAGUUUUAUCUCGAUAUAUCACCAUAUUAGGCUACAAUUAACCAACCUUUCUUUCUUGUUAUUAUCCUCUAUUGACUCCUAACUUCAUUAUCACCCUUUGCUAUCACCUAAUAUCAACCAAUGUUUUUCUCAAUCCAUACUGUUAGACUCUUCGAAGCAUAAAGUAAUUGUGUGAACACAGAAAAUGCAUUUCCAUAUACUAGAACCUAAAAUACGAAGCACUAUAAGAAUUAUCACCUGGCUUGCUUUUAACAUUCAAUUACGUGGUUUCUGCUGUGGUUUAGUUUCAAUGACUUCAAGUUUAGACAAAAUUCUCAUUACCGCCAAUUCAGCUUGCGUCAUUCUUCGUACUGACACAUUCUUUAUCAUCACCACUUGAUUAAAACUAUAAUUAAAGUAGCGUAGAUAAGGUCAUAACCAGAUGUCUUCAAGUCAAGAAAUAGCCAUUAGGCUAAGCACAGUUAGAGUAUAAUCACAACAGGAGAGCAUAAGCCGGUAUUGAGCUGUUUAAAGUAUUUAUCAUAUCUAUGAAAGGUCGAGAGCUUGUGAACUAUUUGUCAAAGAUUUCAUGUUUGAAGAGAGGGUAUUGAACAUCUCACAAGAGCACAUCAGACGUAUUUGGUGAAAUGUUGAAGGGGUAGAGCUGAUUCUGAAGUUGAUGUUGAAAUACAACACAAGCCGGUUAACAGGAACACCAAAUGAAUAAUCAAGGAGCGAAGGAUUUUACAGGGGAGAUCUAUUCCAAUGGUCAUGCAACUAAAUUGGAAGAUCCUGGAGAGAAAUGGCGCGAUUUAUCGUCGAAUAGAAAGUACAAUAAUGAUUACGAAACCAUGCUGUUGAACAGUCUUCCUGGAUCAAGUAUGAAAACAAACACAGCUAUGCACGCUGUGCUGGAAAGUGAAUUGGAAGAAGACGCUGAAUCAGGGGAGCGAGCUAGAAAACAAAGAACACCAAUAAAGGUUCGUAAUCACGCCUUGCUGCAUUACUUUGCAAACCUCGCGAACUCAAAUGAUCCCAGUGACACGAUGGAUUAUGACUUCGUUGAGUCUCUAAUCAAGAAUGGUGCGUCAAUAAACACAGCUGAUAAACACGGACAAACUGUGUUUCAUGAAGUGUCCAGAUCAUGGCAUACAGAUGUCGCUAAAUUUCUUAUUGAUCAUGGUGCGGAUGUGAAUCAGUCAGAUAAAUUUGGCCGUUCCCCCCUUCACGUCGCUUCAGCCGUUGACUACUCUGAGAUGGUAGAAUUCCUUAUUCAAAAUGGCUGUGACCAUACCGUAGCUACGAAAGGAGAGAACCAAUGUCCUCUUCAUUAUGCGGCCAAGAAUGACGCGAUUAAUUCAAUUAGAAUGCUAUUAGCAUACGGCGCGGAUAUUAACGCAAGAGAUCACAAGAACAGGACACCAUUACAGGUCGCAGCUGAGUUAAACAGAUCGAAAUCUGUGAAAGUUUUGAUGGAAGAAGGAGCACCUGCAGCUGUCCAUGAUAACGAAGGCACAUCUGCAAUCUCAAUGGUGAUACAAAAGAUGCCUCUGAUUGCGACGGAAGCUUUGGAACAACUCCACGUAAAAGACAGAACGAACCGCAAACAAUAUUACUACUUGAGUUGUCUAAAUGGACUCAAUGAUGAAAAUAUUUAUUGUAACCUUACAUCUUACACCCGCAAUCCUCUUGAGGUAGCCGUGCAUCACAAACAGUUUGAAUUGAUUAUGCAUCCAGUAUUUCAAAGACUUAUCAACGUGAAAUGGGAGCAGUUUGGUAAAAUCGGCGCUUGGUUGGAUCUAGUUUUGAAUACCGUUUAUGCAAUUCUGUGGACCAUACUUGGUGUGACCUUACCCCAGCACCCAAAUGAGAGGUACACUCCAUUGUCUGGGAUGUGGUGGCGUGUCACCCUGGAAGUGUGCAUAUUAUUAUUAACGAUUUAUGAGACGCGGAAUCUGUUGUCUCACACGUGGAAGAGUCGACACGAUCAUCACAAGUGGGUGGCUUGGAGAAGACGCGAGCUUGAGAAAGAUCUAUGUUAUUGCCAUCCACAAUGGCCGGAGGAGAGGCGAUAUCUGGAACAAGAGAUCAAGUCUCUCGACGAAGACACUCCAUUGAUUUUCCACGAUUCUUGGAACUACCUGGAGUGGAUCACGUGCGCAAUGCUUGCAGCGACAGUCUCAACACAUGCCAUAGACUAUUUUGCUCAUACCAACACAACGUUUGUGGUACAUAUACGCAUUACCGCUGCACUGCUCAUUGUACUGUGGUUGCGGAUUAUAAAAUACGCAAGACCUUUCAAAACAACUGGACCGUUCGUGGUCAUGCUUGUGCACAUGGUCUGGGACAUAUUAAAGUGGCUCUUUCUCUUCUUAGUUUUCUACGUUCCAUAUUCCGCAGCGUUCUGGAUGAUUUUCGGAGCCAUCUCGCCAAUCCCUGUGCGAGGUUAUACGAAUGUUUCUGAUCUAUUCUAUCAACUAUUUCGAAUGACAGUUGUAGAUGAAUACAAUUUUGAAGGUCUUCAGGCAGCCGAUUCCUUCAUGGCCAGAUUCCUAUGUGCUACAUACAUAACCUUCUCACAUGUGAUAAUCCUGAAUCUGUUGAUAGCAUUGCUGUCCGAUACUUUCUAUCGCGUCUACGAGAAUGCCCGAGCGAAUUCCGUCAUGCAACGAGCUUACACGAUCUUAACACUCGAGCGGAACCUCUCCAAAAAGAGACGUCGGAAAAUGUUCGACUUCAUUCGUACAAACUGCAGUCCAGAGGUGUUACAUUACGAAGAUGACGUCAUUGACGAAGUGUCACAAACGAGGGUUCUCCGACAAAUCCUGGACGAUCUAAAUGAGAUGAAGAAGAUCCUGACCGAGCGACUUAGCAAGAAGAUUGGUAAAGGAAGUAAGUCUGAUUUGGAUAUAAUCCUUGGGAAUAUGGCUGAAGUUAUGUUAUUGCAGAGUAAACAUGAACAGACAUUAGCAACUAUUCAAACGGAACUCGUCCUCCUCAGCAAUCUGAUGGAUACCUACAUAGCCAACGGUCGAACACGAAAGACAACGAGUUUAAAACGAGGUAAGAAGUCUCGUGACGGCAAAGCAUCUUUAGUGAAAUCUACACUAAGUACAGCACCAAUGACAGCUGUGACGUCACAACCAGUCAAAGCUAAGAAAUCAAAAUGGGCAAAUGUUGCAAAACUGUCCAGUCAGAUCAAAGCGAGGGCAGCUGGUUUAACCGCGCUUGGAAUGGGACCUAGCACUGCAGCGCAAACUAAAUAACCCACAUCCAACACUUCGAGAUGCCAAUCAUAAAUAGAGACUCCAAAAAAAAUCAUCAAGUAAUGAACGUUUAUUUUCGUUUAUUUUAUCUGACACAGAUUAGCAAAGUUUACAUUGAACAGUUCUGGAAAAAUUGAGUAAAA